CAGGCACUGUCACUGGACUUCCCCAACUGAUGUCAAACGGCGCUGUGAGCACCACGAGAAUCAUGCCCGUGCCCAAGAAAGCAGGGAGAAAAAACAGCAGCGCUACAGAAGUAACACCGCCGCCUUAUGAGCCAAAUAUCCCCGAACCAACCACCAGGGCUGACUUCAUGAAAUACUGGAUCCCCCUCUCUAUGGAUGACAAAACUGCACAGAAACUGUUGUGGAUUUCAGAGGGCGGCUCUAAGGUGGCUCGCACAUCAGAUGCAGUGUGCCCUUAUCCCCACAGACCCGAGAGAUAUGACCACUCACCACAGGUGCUGUGUAAGGAAGGGCUGCUGGGCUAUCGAGGAUACUGGGAGGUGGACUAUGACGGCUGGGUGGUGAUCGGGGUGGUCGGCGAGAGCUCACCCCGGAAGGUGCAGGAUGGGCCCUGUGGCCUCGGCGAGAACAAAAGCUCCUGGGGUACCGGCUGGUCCGGCUCCUGCUAUCAAGUCUGGCACAACGGGGAGAACGUGGACAUGGAGCUGCCUCCGUCCACCACCAUGGGGGUCUAUGUUGACCAGCCUGCCGGCAUCAUAAAGUUCCUCCUUGUGGAGGGAGAGGGUGAGAAGGAGGUGCGGCUGAUUCACAAAUUCAAAGAAAACCUCCAGGAGAAGAUCUUCCCCGGGUUCUGGAUUGGCACAAAUUCAUUCUGCCUUCUUCGGAAAAAGGAUCAGUGACACAGCAGGAGCGUG